UCCCAGGCCACAGUUGUUUAAGCAUCUCAUAAGCUUAAACCAAUAAUCUGCACAGAUAGGAAGUGCAGGCUAGAAGCAACAGGCUGCGAGAGCUAAGAAGAUCUCUUGUUGCCAUGGCUUCCUUCAAGCUGGUACACUUGUGCUUCACAGCCGUGCUGCUCUGUGUUGCCUUCUCCUGUUGCAGAGGGCAGGGAGGAGGUGGCGGCGGUGCCGGAGCAGGAGCAGGAGCAGGAGGCGGAGGGGGGUCGGGCAUCGGCGCAGUAGUACCAGGGACGCAGGACUCGGUCCAGAUCGUGGCGCAAGCCGCUCUCUGCUUUGACAACAGACCAGUGCUCACCGGGUGCCUGCAGGCGAUGGGCAUCAACGCCAGCAGCGGCACCGGCGCGAGCAUGCCGCCGCCUGCUCCGGGCGGCGCGGCGACGGCGAUCAUGUGCAGCCCGCCGUGCUUCGGGCACGUGACCAUGAUGAUGAGCUGCGUCAACGCCAUCUUCGGCAACUUCGUCAGCUACAACCCCGGCCUCAUGCAGGGCGUCCAGGCCGUCUUCCAGAUGUCCUGCGGCAACGUCAACGGCCCAGGAGGAGCCGGCGGUGCUCCCGGAGGUGGAAUGGGAGGCGGGCCGGCUGGUAACGCUGGCGGUGGUGCUGCCGGCGGUGGAAUGGGAGGCGGGCCGGCUGGUAACGCUGGCGGUGCCAGUGGGGGAGUUGGAGGCGGGGCUGCCGGUGGCAUUCCUAACAGCAUGGGCGGUGCCGCCGGCGGAGGCGGUGGCGCGUCCGGUGCCAGCGGUGGAGGUGCCAGUGGCACUACGAACACCAUCGGCGGGGCCGCGGGCGGAGGUGCCGGCGGAACUAGCGGCGGGGCUGGAGGCGGCAACGACACUACCAACGGCGGCGCUGCCACCGGUGCCAUCGGCAGCGGCAACAUCACAAGCGUUUCACCCAAUGCAGGCUCGCACGUGGCGGUGAGCAACCAAAGCCAGCCGACCAGCGGCGCGGACGGGCCCACUCUCAGCCUCAAGGGCGGCUGCUCCUCCGCCGUGCUGGCGAUCUGGGCCGGCGCAUGGCUGGUGCUCUUCUAGGUCUGACAGCAACGGCGACGGGCACGCUGCAGCGGCUGUGAUCUCGUUUCUUCUCCGGAUGACAUACUAGAGUGUUGAUUUUAUCACCGUCAGUGAGCAAGGCUGGAUGAUCUUAUAUGUAACCGCAACGCCUGAUUCCCUCGUCUUGAUGAAUGAUGUCUUUGCACGUGUUGUUUUCA